UGUCAUGAUAUACCUUAGUUAGCGUGUGUGUGUAGUUGACGUAAUGAAGACGUAUUGGUUGGUGCUCUGGUCGCUGUGGGCGGCGCGACUGGUCAGGCAACCAACGCUACCUGUGCGUGUAACCGGUGGAUGGUUGCGCGGUGUGGUAGCUCCCGAUGGUUCUCAUAAACGAUAUAUGGCGGUUCCCUUUGCUACCCAUCCUGUUAAGCGUUUUCAGGGUCCUGGUCCCGAACCAACAUGGCGAGGCGUUUUAGAAGCCAUAGAAGAAAAUGUUCGAUGUCUUCAAAGAAUAGGAAAGAGCAUACUUAUAGGUCAAGAAGAUUGCUUAGUAAUGAAUAUAUAUACGCCCAUUGAUGCUACUGCACAAUCGAAAUAUCCAUUGAUGGUUUUUUUUCAUGGGGGAGGAUUUUAUGAGGGAUCCGGUACAGGUUUUUUAUAUGGUCCAGAAUAUUUAGUAACUAAGGGAAUAAUUCUAGUUGUAUUGAACUACAGAGUGCAAAUUCAGGGUAUGGUUUGCUUGAAAAUAAAGGAAGCGCCAGGUAAUGCUGGUUUAAAGGAUCAAUUGGCUGCUCUUAAAUGGAUUCAACGCAACAUCAAAGCAUUCGGCGGAGAUCCCAACAGUGUUACAAUAAGUGGUGAAAGUGCAGGCGCAGCUUCCGUGUCUUUCCAUAUUCUCUCACCGAUGUCAAAAGGUCUCUUUCACAGAGCUAUCUUACAGAGUGGUUCCUCUUUGAACCCUUGGGCGAUACAGUUUAGACCGGUGUACAUGGCUAGUUUAUUGACAAAAGUUAUGGGACACGCCACUGAUGAUUUAUAUGAAAUUUAUAAUAUAUUAAUGGAAAAAUCUGAUGAAGAUUUAAUUGUUUGUAGAGUGCCUAGAAGACCAGGUCAUCUUCUUAUUUCAGAAUUGCUUUAUACACCUUGUGUUGAAGACGAAAUUCCAGGCGUCGAGCCGUUUUUAACUGAAAUGCCGUACGAUUUGUUAUCUACAGGAAGGUAUAACAAAGUUCCCGUAUUAAUUGGUCGUACAAAUUCUGAAGGUUUACUUUUUAGUAACAUGGAGAAUGAUACAACUUUACCCAAGAUAAUGUUUGAGAAAACAUUACCUAAAAAUUGGCACGUACCAGACGAAUCGAAACGAAAAGAAAUUGCAGCGAAACUCAAGGAAUUAUAUUUUGGCGAUAAGGAUAUUUCCUAUACCACAUUAGAGAAUCUAUCACAAUUGUACGGAGAAGUAUAUUUUUCAUUUGGAGUUUUACAAGAAACCGAAUUUUAUUUAAACACAAAUGAUAAUCCAGUAUAUAGCUACGUCUUCAGCUACAAUGGGAGACGGAAUAUUGUAAAAUUAACACUCGACCAUGGAUUAAGUGCAGCACCGGGAGCAACGCAUGCUGACGACCUGUUUUAUUUAUUUCAACAACCACUUCUUCCCUCAUUUUUCGAGCGUACGAUGAUAGACAGGGUAACAACGUUGUGGACUAACUUUGUUAAAUAUGGGGAACCAACUCCGGAGGUAACGGACUUAUUACCAGUGAAGUGGUUACCGACCAACAAGACUUCUCCACAAACCUUCGUCAUAGACAGAGAAUUCUCCACUAUACCUCUUUGGCCCAGCGACUCCUUUAAAUACUUACGUGAUAUCUACUCAAAGUAUAGAAGAAAAACUGAUUGAGAAAUAUAAGUUAAUAAUAAAUAAAUAAGGUUUUUUAUGUGAUAGGUGGCAAACGAGCGGGAGGCUCACCUGAUGGAAAGUGACAACCACCGCCCAUGGACAUCUGCAACAGCGGGGGCUUGCAGGUGCGUUGCCGGCUUUUACAGUAUAGAAGCAAUAUUAUUCAAUUUUUACCAAUUAUUUGAAGAUUACCUAAGAUCUUUUUACCGCAUUGGGGCGGUCCCUUACUAUUUG